CAGUCGCUGUCUUGUUUAUUUUCAUUGAGGAUUAUUAAGUUCAAAAUACAAAAUGUCGGAGGGUGAUUCGAAAUUUGGAUUCAAGGAUAUGGAGAAGGCGCUGGAGACUUUGAAGUUGCUGGAGAGCCAUGAUAUGCAGUAUCGGAAGUUAACCGUUCGCGGUUUGUUGGGACGCGCUAAACGGGUGCUGACAUUGACAAAGGCGGCAGAUAAAUUGAAGAACAUUAAUGAGGCCAUCGAUGUCUUCGAGAAAUGGCUGGCCGAGAAUGGCGGCGGUGCGUCCAACAAGAAUGCAAAGACUGACAGUGAGGACAAAGUGGAAACAGUUCCCGGCUUGGGUUUCAAGGACAAGGAGGCCGCCCUGGCUACUCUGAACAUUUUGGCUGAACGCGAUCCCGACUAUCAAAGACUGGCCAUCAAGGGGUUGAUUGGAAGCUCCAAACGUGUGCUUUCCGGCACCAAAAACGAGGACAAAAUCAAUUCCAUCAAGGAGGGUGUACAAAUACUGGAGGAGUUUCUCGAAAAGUUUGAAACAGAGAACCGCAUCAAGGACAACCGCGCCUAUUUGGCAUACGAUGUGGUGGCCAAAUUGCCAGAGCCAAAGGACGAGUUGGCCGCCGAGUUCUUGGCCGCCUAUGGCGGUAACAAAGCCAAGGGCAACUACAAGCAUUUGCGUACCAUGUACCCAGAGGCGGAUGACACCACAAGCUGGGACAUUGUGCGCAACAGAAACAUAGCCAAGUUGUUGGAGCAAAUAAAGAGCGCGGAUGCCAAACUGUUCGAGGCGGAGAGCGGAGCACCAACAGAGCUGCAUCUGCAGCUGAUACACUGGGCAUACAGUCCACAGCCGGACAAGGUCAAGAGCUACGCCAGCAAGCUGGCUGGUAGUGGUGCAGACAGGCCAGAGAAACGGAAGCUAGACAGCGGCAGUGGCACCGGAAGCGGAAGCAGUGCCAACACAAGCUCCAAUUCAAGUAGCGAUGGUUCCGACGAUGAGUCCACUCCCAAGAAAAAGAAGAAGCGUGUGGAGGAGUGAAUAUCGAUGUUCAGAGUUCCUGUCUUUCAUUUUAUCAGAAUAUUGUGCAUUGAAUAAAUUGAAUGCAUUCUUAUAGAGGGAUAAAUGUAACGAACAGAAAACGA